AUGCAAUUAGAUGAAGAUUUUAGUUAUAUUGGGGCUGAAGAUAAAUCUCACUUUUAUAUAAAGACUCAGGGUAGCAAUAAUAUGACAAAUUGUACUAUUUCGACAAUUAACACUUCUCAAUUUAUUUAUACUAAUAAUGAACCACCAUACAGUGAUUUUGGUAAUAUUAAAAUGAGAAGUUAUGUAGCAACUGGGUCAAAAGGUGACCCCACUGGCAAAAAUUAUGUAUGCACCAAUGAAAUAGUUGAUUCAUCUCUGUUUAACUACUGCAACACAACUAGUAACCACCAAUAUAUUCAUACAAAAUAUUCCAAUACAAUCCUUUCAGAAAAUGUACCCACAGAAAUAAGUAGCUUUAAUAUUAGGGUUCCUCAGGAAGAAGCUCUUGUACCCCCCUUUGACUAUAGAGAAAUUGAUAGCAAACAUCCAUUCUACAUAUCAGAAAAGGUAAUUGGUACAAGUUCCUCAAAUGAAUGUGAAUUAUUGUCAAUUUGUACUAAAGAUAAUGAUAUUCCUAAAAUAUAUACGCAUGUAGACCCUUUUGGCAUGAAGUGUAGAUACAUUACUGAUUUUUACAUAUAUAAUUCUAAGAAGUCAAGAAUGAUACCACUAGAUAUAAUUCCUGAUUAUUAUGUACAAAAGGAGCUUGAAUUUGGUGGACUUAAGUUAAAAGGCGAUGUAGAAAUGUUGAAAUCUAAAGAUAGAACUAAAUAUGAGGUGGAAACUUGCUUAGAUGAGGCCCAAUUAAAUAGCAAAUUUUUGCUUAUUGGUAGCUUAAUUCCUUCAGAGCUUGUGCAUAAUAUAGACUCUGAAAAAGAAAAGAUAUUAAGGGAAAACUACAGGAAGCUAACAAGAUAUAGGCAAAGUGGUGGAAAAUAUGUACCUAAAAAAGUUGAAAACGGAAAUUGUAUAAAUAAGAAAUUACUUAAGAAUAGCAAUUUAUUUCAGAUUUCUACUGCUAUUUGCUCGUGGUCUAUUGAUUACGGCCAAAAACCAUAUGAUAUCCCUUAUAUUUGGUUAUACAGCAAAGCUCCUACUUCUAAAGGAAGUAAUAGGAUUGUUUUUGAUGCUUGCUAUCGUCUGGAUCGCCCUGCUACAAGGUAUAACAAGACUUUUUCUUCUGGCAAAAUUAAAUUUGACAUUUUAACUAGAUUUAUUAAAACAGUCAUUUUCCAAAAUUUUCAUAAAGGUGGUAUAAAAACGUUUGUUGAUCAAAUAACUGGAAAGUCACCUUGUUACGUUAGUAGCACAAUCAAACAUAUAGAUUUAACCGAUAGUACUUUAAAUGAGCAAAUACCUGAUACACCACAAAGUGGCAAGGCAUCACAUAGACGAUUAGUAAAGAAUAUCCAGAAAUUUAAAGAUAGCACAUUGCUAUCUUCAACUCCUUGGGGAGCUCCAAUUAUAAUCGAUGGCUGUUCAGAAUAUCUUCUAUUGGAAUUAUUACCAUGCAUUGAAUUACAUUUAAGACAAUAUUCAUUGGCAUACAAUAUUCCGAAGUUAUUAGAUUCUCAACUUUAUAUAUCAUUAAAAAAUCGUAUUAUAAAGCUAAUAUCAAACUGUGAACCAUCGCUGUCAGAAGAGUAUAUUUCUUCUAAUAUAAGUUCACUAUUGGAUAAUACUCAUAUUAAGGAAAAAUUGGUCUUAUCAACAGGCAAAAUGCAUAGCAGCAUUUCUGCUAAGCCUAAACCAAAGAAAUAUGCUUAUUCUAAGUCAAAAAUGUUGGCUCUAAAUCAACUAUUAUAUGAUGGGAUAUUAUUUGGCGACUCAAUUACUCAGUCACUACAUAUUUUAGUAGUUGCAGAUUUCUUCAGAGCUUUUGGUCGUAAAAUUAAUAUUCCAUUCAUUUCCUCAUAUAUUUCUAUAAUUGAAUUACUAGCAUAUAGUGGUGGAGAACUUCCUCAUCCUAGAAAUGUAAUAAAUAUGUUGCAAAAAUUCUUUUCUGAGGUACUUACAAGUUUAAACACAAUGAUAAAAGAACAAUUUACUGAAAUUAAAUUUAAUGAAAAAUUUGAUCCAGUAUUGAAAAUAAGUCGUAAGCUUGAGGGAAUUGACAAAAUUUGUCAAUUAAUACCUGUAAGUUUAUUCUCUCUGAAUAUUGGGAAAUUGUGUGAACUACUUAUUGAGCAUUGCGAUAGCAUAUCAUCUAAAAGUAAUGGAAUAUACCCAUUUUCAAUUUUUCAAAUUAACGAGGAAACACGCAAUAUACUGAAUUACUGUAAUUCUAAAUGUAUCCCUUAUGAAUAUUGGUUAAUAAAUAGUUUCUCAAAUAGUUUACUAGACAACCAAAUACACCAACAAACAUGUGGAUUUGUAGAUUAUACAGUUGAUAAAUGUCAAUGUGGUUGCAAUAAAGGUGUAGAUACUAAUUAUCCUCUAACGCUUUUGAGUUAUAUAGGCUGCAAUGAAAUUUGGACUGAUAAUAUCACUUGGCCAGUAAUGUUACGACGUAUUGUAUAUGAAAUGUCUCAUUCUUUUAGCGAAUCUAUAGUUAACUCAAUUAACAAGAAUUUUAUUGGAAUGAAUUCCAACAAGUGUGUAUGGAAACUUGAUCAAUCUAAAGCUAAACACUUCGGUACAAGUAUUUUUGAGGCUAAUGAGAUAUUUAGGUACCUAGAUAUACAAAGUGAUAUGCCUUCUGGUAGCAGAAAAUUGGAGCUUAUGCAUUGGCUAGUGGAGGUUGUUGGGACAGGGCCUGUUGGUAAAAGAUUAGUCGAAUCAAAAGAUGAACUAAUUAGUGAAGAUUCUAAUUGCUCUAAGUAUUUGAAAUCUUCAACUUUGCCGGAUCAAACUGAUGUACUACUAGGGGAAGAUAGAUGUGGUAACCGUUAUUAUGCAUUUGAGGACUUUUAUCCAGAGCUUGUUAGUUCACCACUUAAUUCUGUUAUUCAACAAAAUUCUAAAAGUGAUAUUUGGAUAAUGGUUGAGAUCAUAGAUAAAUCAAUCUUAUCUAUAAACUCAUAUAAUAAAACAAUACCCAAAGACUCAAAAAGCUACAUAACUAAUACAAUAGAAAAUCACCUCUAUAAUCCUUCAAAUGAUAUCUUAAGAACUGAACAUAAUUCAUUAAAUGAUAUAAGUACUAUCUACAGUGGAAAUUCAAAUAUUAAUUGUACCACUAGAGAGAAAGUAAAGUCAUUUUAUAUUCUUCAAGGAAAAGAGAAAAUUAGACUAUUACUUUCACUAUUGGAUAAUGAAAUCCCCUCAGAAAAACAGCUGAAAGUUAAAUUUAGUCAUAUGGUUGAUAAUGAAGCUAACUUUUGUAAAACUACAGUUAGUGAAUAUAUCCAACAAAGCCUCAAAAGAAAAGAAGAAAUAUGUACUUUAAGCUCUUCAAGCAAAUCUUUAUCUGCAGACAUAUAUUUCGAGUUUAUAUUGGCAGCUAUGUCACUGCUACGAGAAAUUUUCAUUGUAUAUCUUAAGUGUAACAUCCCACUAUCUUUUAAAUGCUUUUUUGAAUAUUCUGAAUCAUCUAAUGUACUGGAUAUUAUCACUAAAAUAUUUUGCUAUUUGAAUGAUAAUAUAUUUGUUACUAACUCAAAUUCUAUACUUAAAACUAUAUUAGAAGAUAUACUCAAUUUAGUUAAGAUUAUCUGCAAAGAAAUUUUAGGUAUUAUUGAACAUUUAAAUACCAUAUAUAUAAAAGAAGUUAACUUAUUCUUAUACAAAUGGGAUGUAGAAGUAAAUUGUAUUCAAAGUUUACUUAAUGAAGUGGAGGUAGAGAUCAAUUUUCGUGAAUAUUUAUCCAUUUUGGCAAUAUACUUUAGGAUGUGGAUAUUCAUUGCAAUACCAACAGAUAUAUUUAUAUUAUGCUUUGGUUCGUAUGAAAAGAUCACUAAAACUCAGAAAUUGGGUUUUACAUUAAAUAGAGAACAAUUUAUCUCUUCACUUGGGUUACUAGAGUUGAGCAAAAUGAAAAGUGAAAAUAUAAUUGCUAAAAAUAUGUAUUAUCCUGAAGAGAAGUAUAAUUACACAAUACUCGAUUUUAUCCCUAAGGUUAAUCAAUAUUUAGUUUACUUUAGAACAGGAAAUUUACUUGUUUACCUAGACUGGGAGAGUUCAAAACAAAUUUCCGAAAGUGGAAUACAUGUUGUACCUUUUCUUGAGAUCCUAUCACAGAAAAGUUCUUUUCAAAUGUCAGAUAUCAAAAAAGUCAAAGUUAUUAAUAUUUUAUAUAACUGUGGCUCUACUCAUACUCAAGAGUUUGUAAGACAACCCUCUGGAAAUGUUAAUCCUGUAUUCCAAUUAAAUUCGAAAUUUUGUCCUCACUUUUUAUAUCUAUUAUGUGAAGUAAUCCCUACUGAUGAGACAUGUAAAGAUGACUCCAUUCAUUAUUACAUAAAGUUAUUACAAAAUACUCAGAUAUUUAAUAAGAAUUUAACAAAUAAUGUGGAUCCUUAUAAACCGACAAGAACAUCAGAUAGAAUUAAAGAAAAUGCAAUGUCAAGCUCAUUUAGAGAUGCUGCCCUUAUUGAUACCACACUUUCACUUACUGAGUCACGGAACCACUUUAUCAAUAAAGAACUUUAUCUCCUUGCAAAAACAGAACUAUUACAUCAAAACAAUUCGAAAUAUGCUCAUUUGGUUAUUCCCACUACACUUUAUAGCAAUACCAUUCGAAAAUUGUCUAAUAUUAUACCAGCUGUAAAUUACUCUUCUAAUAUCAAUAUCACCCCUUCAUCACCUUUUUAUGCUGUUAAAGAAGAAGUAGUUAUACAAUCAAUCAAGCAUUUACUUAAUAAAAAUGGAGGGAAAAUUAAGUACUAUAAUCAUAGAUUUCCAGCUAAAACAAGGCUAAAGUCAGGAACUAUUAGAAGGUUACUACUUGAGAAUCUUGAUCUUUGGGAAUGCUUAUUGUUAGAAUCUGAUGAUAGUAAGAAGCCUAGAGAAUCAAGUUUACAUUGUAUAAAUUUGUGGGAUAUAAUCUGA